AUGAGUAUAAUCAAUAUUAUCUGCAAGGCGCGGCCUCUCGGAGGCUUCCUGCUGGCCACCGUGUGGUCUCCGAACCUACUGGACGCGCAACCCGACGCCCUGGGCUCCGAGGCCUUUCCGGUGCGACUGCUGCCACGGCUGGGCAUCUCCUCUGUUUCUCCGGAUUUUGGGCCAGUCACCGGAGGAACCUUGAUCGCGGUGGUCGGCAAUGGCUUUUCGCAGCAGGGGCGCUUGCCAAGACCACAGCUAUUACGGUCGUGUGCAUUUGCUGCGCCCCGAGAGGACGACAACCUGUACAUGCCCGCACGCUUCUUCAACGAGAGCCUGAUUUACUGUGACCCUGGCAGUUUGCAGGUCAUCGCAAAGCUUUUGAUGUCAAGCCUGGAUGACAUCUGCUUAUGUUGCAGGUUCUUGCCAACCUGCGAUUUGCAGUAG